UCUCUCUCUCUCUCUCUCUCUCUCUCUCUCUCUCUUUGUCUCUCUUUGUCUCUCUCUUUGUCUCGCGCUUGCGCCAGCACUGCGAUCUCAUCUAGAAGGCCUACUGUCUUCAAUAUUGUUGAAAUGGCUGAUCAGCAAGAUAACUGGAAAGCAGAAGAUGCUAUUUUCCUUGCUGAUAUGCUUCUGGCUCAAGAAAAAGAAAAGAAAGCCAAGGGCGAAGCAGACUCUGCUACAGGCAGUACUUUUCAGGUCCGAUGGGUGGAAAGAAAUGCUGAAGGAAGUCCACUGCUAAAAAGAAGCAGAAGCGGAGAGACACGGAAUCGUGCUUCAGCUACAGUUUCCGUGGUUCCCAGUGAGGACUCUACUCCUUUGGAGUCAGCUGAGGAGGUUCUCACAGUGACCCAGUCAGACUCCUCUCAACAGUUAUUUGAGAGUGAGAUGAACAAACUGCAGGACAUUCUGCAGACCUCAGAAGAUAUUGCAGAUGCAAGUGGACAUCCUUCCACCUCCACAUCAUGGGGCUUGCGCCAAUCUGCAGCCCAAGAUGAGUGGCGGAAAGCGAGGUCUUAUCAUCUGAGCUCCUUGUUGUCCUGCAAUGUGGUUCCAGAGAACAACUGCAGCCACUGCACAUCUCCUGCCAUCAUUCGAUGCAGAGACUGCAUGCCAGAGGAGUGGCUGUGUACGGAGUGUGACAUACACAUCCACAAAAAACGCACACUCCAUAACAGGGAGUCCUGCAUUGGGGGAAUUUACAAGCCCAUAGAGCCAACAGUGUGCUGCGUAAAGCAAGAUGGCGGAUAUACACUGGUCAAUCAAGUAUGUCUUUUGCCUACAGUGAGACCUGUCCAGUUGUGCAUGUGUGAUCCUGCAACCAUAACAGAAUCAGCUGGUCGGUAUGAUUUGCACUUGCCAAACCUAUCUUGCAAAUUAUGUCUGGCACAGUGGACACCUGACAUGAGCGACCUCAUACGCAGUGGGUAUUGGCCAGCAUCUGUGAAUGCUGACACAUUGUUUUCAGUGGAUGUCUUCACUUCAUUUGAAGAGAUGAAAACUGUGGCUCCCAGUUUGUCGCGUCAGGGUUUUUUGAGGAUGUUGGAGAAGAGGACCUGUCAAUUUGGAAGGGCUGGCAAAAUCCAUGGAGACAUAUUCCAAAGGAGUUAUUUGGAGUACACAUUCUGCCAGUACCACUGUGAGAAUAUGGCCAGUGUACAGCACUUCACCUGCCCGGCAUGUACACCCAACAUGAUAGCUCUUUGCGCAGAUGGCAACAGAAAGCAGUACCGAUUUCGACAGUCAAAAGGGUCAGAGCAACCGUAUUUUGACGGUACUUUCAUCGCCAAGGACGCUGAAGUACAGCAUUUUGUUGAGGAGAUCAGGAGUAAAAUGAAAAGUACUGCCGGCAGAGGAAUCUGUGGAGCCAGUCAGUGGUCUGCUGCACGUGAGACUGCCAGAAGAGCUAGUAAACUGGAUGAAGAGGGCAUUGAGGUAGUUGUUUGCCGACACGGAGUGCUAUUGAAGGCCCUCAACAUGUAUAGGGGGGAAAUAUUUGCUUAUCCGCUGUUCCUGCAAAAGGAGCUUCAGGCAGCCACAAAUGGACAGUUCUUUUGCACGGAUAUUGCUUGCAAGUAUUGGCCCUACCUUGAAAAGUUGUCGGUCUCCAUGUCAGAACUCAGACCUUUACUGCAGAUGAGGCCAUUCCUUUCUGUCAUGCAUGCCAAGGCCCAUUCAACCAAGUGUGAGAUAAUCUGGAGUGGCAAAAACCAAGAGGGUGCUGGCACAACUGCAGGGGAGGAGGUUGAAAUGGUUAACAGCUACCUUUCUCGUUGUGCCCUCACAACCAAGUACAUGACAAAAUCUGCCAGGAAUGACAUGUUAACAGUCCAUGCUAUUGGAUGGAACCGACGGAAGCAGGAUGGCCUUCAUCUGGCAUUAUCCAGCAGAUACGUCAAGACUUGUGAAAAGGCUGAGGCUGAGUCUCAGAGACUGGAAGAUUUGAGCAAUCAACUUGGUUGCCCUGACAACAUGGUGCAUCAAUGGGUUCAUGAUGUCAGAGAAUGGGCUUCUGAUGAUUCUGCAGGUACCAGAUGUGAUGACCAACAACCUCUUCAGGAAUCAAUUGAAGAAAUGUUUCUUGCGGUUCAUCACAGAAAAGCCAGCCUUUAUAAUCAGACCAGCACAAUAUUAGAUCAGUUGAUCUAA